CCCUCAUUACGUCACUACCCGGUCAGUCCGCAGGUUCGGGUCGUUCUGGCGCCGUUGCAUUCGGCGUGCUGCCAGAGGGUCGUCCCGUUCUUUCACUCGUCGGGAACGGAGCACCGAGGCCUCUGAAAAAUGAAUCCCAGUAUGAAGCAGAAACAGGAAGGAGCCCAGGAGAACAUGAAGAACAGUCCUGUCCCAAGGAGAACACUGAAGAUGAUUCAGCCUUCUGCAGAUGGGUCUCUUGUUGGCCGAGAAAAUGAGUUGCCAAAAGGCUUGUCCAAAAGGAAGCUUUGGAAUGACCAGUUAACAUCCAAGACUUCAAGCUCUGGUUCAGAAAGUAGUGAAAAUAAAGAUGUUGGAGAUGUCACCCAGGAAGCAUUUGAUCUUAUGAUUAAAGAAAAUCCAUCUUCUCAGUAUUGGAAAGAAGUGGCAGAACAACGAAGGAAAGCUCUCUAUGAAGCACUUAAAGAAAAUGAGAAACUUCAUAAAGCAAUUGAACAAAAGGACAGUGAAAUUGCCCGCCUAAAAAAGGAGAAUAAAGAUUUGGCAGAAGUAGCAGAACACGUACAAUACAUGGCAGAAGUAAUUGAGAGGCUGAGUAAUGAACCUCUAGAUAGCUUUGAAUCACCGGAUAGUCAAGAAUUUGAUUCUGAAGAGGAAAUUGUUGAGGAUUCUGAAGUGGAAGACUCCGAAGCUGGAACACGUGCUGAAGAGACUGUGUCUUCCUCCAUGGAUGACAAACCAUGUACAUGAAGUGUGAAAUACACUGCCAACCUUGCCCUUCGAUCUAGCUCUUCUUGGUAAAUUAACUACAAGAUGCAAGUACUGGGCUCCACGUUUGAAUCCUGGGGCUAGUAAGCAUUAAAAUACAGAUAGUAUGUAUUUUUAAUCUGUUGUUUUAUGUAAAUAGCAUUUUCAUUUUUUCAGUGUCAGAUGUGAUUUGUGUAUAUUAAAUAAACUUCAAUUUCCUGUUGAACAUGGUAUAUUUUGGAAACUUCAGUGUAUCCAAUUUGUAGAAAAUGCACCUGUUUCUAUAGUAUUUUAUUAUUUCACUGUUGUAGACAUGGGAAAUAAACUCUUGUCUGGAGCUGA